CUCUUUGACAUAAUGCGAUGUGUAAAAGAGAAUGAACUCGAACUGGAGCGACCAGAUGUUGAGAAAGCACUGCGGGUCCUGGUAGAUGAGUCUCAUGGAGUAGUGCGAAGAUCUGGCGAUAGUGGUGGAGGAUUAUUUGUAAUUGAUUUUGAACGCGCCGCUGAGCAGAUCUGCCAGUUUCACAUAGAAUCAUUAAUUCGAGAACAGCUUGAAUCAAGAGCCGUAAGAAUUUUCCGUCUCUUGCAGCAGAGGGGUCACCUUGAAGAAGACCAAAUUGAAAAAUUGACUAUGAUGAAUGGGAAAGAAACACGGGAGCUGCUUUACGCUAUGUUAGAAGAAGGAUAUAUCAGUACAAAGGUUGCAAUAGUAGCCGAACCAAUCGGUCGCACAAAUGAUUUCGCUCCGGCCCGAACUUUUGUACUUUACUUUGUGGAUAUGCCUCAGACUGUACGAGGUCUUGUGGAAUAUACCUGCAAGAUGUUACGAAACAUCAUUUUGCGACGCUCAUUCGAAGCAAAAGAGCAUCGUCAACUGACUGAUCGGCAGGUAAAAAUGGAAUCUAUCAUUGAAACAAUUAGCGCUGAUGAAGCUCUUGACGAGGAAACCAGGAAGCAGCAGAUAGCUGAAGUUGAAGAAAUGUAUAUGUCAACUGCUGAUCGUACGAUUUUGGAACGUUAUCGCCGAGCACAAACAAUGCUCAACGCAGCGGAAACCGAAUGUGAACGAGCUCUGUUCGCUUUCCGUCUGUAUCUGGAGUUUUCUCUCCGUAGAUGUUAA